AUGCAGCAGUCAGGAGUGCCGCCGCGCGUGCGAACCGAUGCAAGAAAGCAGACGCACGCACACACAUACAUUGGCAUCCACCACGCACAAGAAGAGGAGAAGGCAAACCAACCCAAAGCCCACCAGUUGCGCAGGUGGGAUAUGCUGGAUAUGCGGUGCCCUGCUCCGUGCGGCGGCUGGACGGCGGAAGGAGGGCAGGAUGAUGGAUGCGUUGGCACCCCCGCAGCCAAUAAAGCACUGGUUCUGAAGCUGCAGAGGGCUGCAGGUGCGCGCAACGUGCAUGUUUCAAGGAAUAAUCGGACAAGCUCCAAUCUCCUCGUCCUCUUCUCUUCUGAUCCCAUCACCAUCGGGUAUCAAUCUGCAUCCGAGUAUGGCGCCGCCUCGUUCAUUACGGGCAGAAGGGAUGCGCGCGAGGGAGAGGCCAGGGGUCAAGAAGUUUACCAUAUCCAGCCUGGCCUGUCCGUUCGCUUCGCGCCCCUUGCACGCCUUUCUGAAGAAGGCUCUCGCCCAACUUGGCUGAUCACGCCGUCAGCGGUGCCGAACAAGACAUCAACCAUGACCGAAGGAGGCAAGUGGGAAUCCCGCCGGGACAGAGUCCGCGAGGUGGCACCGACGUCCUCCCUGUCUGACUGCUCCAUUGGCUGGGCGUGGGACCACGCUUGGAUGAGGAUCGCUGACCCCGGACCUGGGAAAUUCCCUCGAUGUGGGCUGGUGACCAGGACAGGCCACCGACUGGCCGGGGCGAACACGCGCCGUGGCUGGUUGCCCGAGCUCCCAGCCACCAGCCAUCCCACGUCCUGUCCCCAGAAUGCGCAAGGAACAGAAGGCCUUGAGACGGCUCUGUCUGCCGCCUGCAUCGAACACGCAAAGCCCCCGUCGGCAGAGAAAACCACAAGCACGACACGGCCAUGGUUCAGCCUCAUGUCCGCUCCCGUUCCGGCAAUUUUCAACAACGCCCCUUCGCAAUUUCGCCCACUCUGGCACCCAAAGCUCGGCAUUUACCUGCUGCACAAUCUUCGUCCCUCUGUGUGA